AUGACGUUAGAAGCAAUAAGGUAUAGCACAGGCAAACUGGUUAUAAUUGACCAGUUGCAGCUUCCUUAUGUGGAGAAAUAUAUUGAAGUCCCGACGUCUAAGGAUGCGUGGCAUGCAAUUAAGAAGAUGCGAGUCCGGGGCGCGCCCGCCAUUGCUAUUGUUGCGGCACUCGCACUGGCUUCCGAGCUUCAUACACUGAUGGCCCACGAUAAAUUAUCAAACAGAGCAGAAGAAGUUAGGCUUUUCAUUCAAGAGAAGCUAGACUACCUCGUGAGCAGUAGGCCUACUGCUGUCAAUCUCAGCGAUGCUGCACGAAAACUUGCGGCACAUGUGUCAGAUCAUGCAGAGAUGCCAAACUCGACCGGGCGUGCUGUCGCAGAGGCCUUUAUACAGGCUGCAGAAGAGAUGUUGGCUAAGGAUUUGAAAGAUAACACUAAUAUUGGCAAAUACGGAGCUGAAUGGAUCAUAAGAAAUGCACUCGCAGGGGGGAGAUCGAAGGCCACCAUCCUGACACACUGCAACACUGGUUCCCUAGCUACAUCGGGCUAUGGCACAGCAUUGGGUGUGAUUCGGGCACUGGCAUCAAAGAACGCAUUGGCCUACGCCUAUUGCACAGAGACGAGACCGUACAAUCAAGGGAGUCGCCUGACGGCAUACGAAUUGGUUCAUGAAAAUCUCCCAGCAACGUUGGUGACGGACUCAAUGGUGGCUGCGCUACUCGCCAAAGCAGAAGCCGCUGUAGACGCAAUCGUGGUUGGAGCUGACCGGGUGGCAGCAAAUGGGGAUACUGCUAAUAAAAUUGGGACAUACGCCCUCGCCGUACUUGCUAAAUUUCAUGGCGUCAAAUUUCUGGUUGCUGCACCUCUUACAACGAUUGAUCGUUCCACCAAAUCAGGCGCCGACAUUGUUAUUGAGGAAAGGCCAGCUUCUGAAGUCACAACAAUCAAAGGGGCCGUCGAAACAGAGUCCUCAUGUGACAGGAUAAAGCUGGAAACUGUGCGCAUCGCUGCAGAGGGCAUCCAUGUUUGGAAUCCAGCAUUUGAUGUCACGCCCUCCGCACUCAUUGACGCGAUUAUCACCGAAAGGGGCGUCGUUGAGCGCGGUACGGAUGGGCGGUAUAACUUCGACGGGAUUUUUGAAGAUCACUCAGCAUUCUGA